UUUCAAAUUUCUAAAAGAAAAAAUUUUAAAAUUACAGAGAAUUCGUUUCUGCAAUGAGAGGAAUAUAAAGUAUAAGAGAAGGAAAGUAUCUCAUGAGGCACCAAUGCCCAGCCAAGGAGUGGUGGACAGAGAAGGGGAGGAAGCAGAACUGGAUGGGGUAGUUAGAGAGCAGUCACGUGUUCUCCUGGCUCCGCACCCUGAAACUCUUCUCUUCCCCCAGCUGAACCUGGUGAAAUCCUGGGGCUCCUCCCAAGUUUAUGCUCAGACACCCAGAGACAACAUCAUGAAGUGGUUGGUUCUCCAGCUGCUGACACUCUACUGCUUGGGGAUCCUGCCAGCGUCAGGAAACUGGAAGGAAAGAAUUGAUUCUUUAGUUGAAUUUCCAAUUUACAUUUUUCCAAAGCUGAAAUUGAAACCCUGCCCAAAGAUUCCCACAGACGAGCAUUGUGUCACCAAUUGUCAGUUACACUCGGAAUGUCAAAUUGGUCAUCGUUGCUGCAGGGCCUUCUGUGGAAAUGUCUGCAUGCUUCUCAAAGAAACUGGAAGCAGCAGUAGGAACAAUAAAAUCAGCAACAUGGUGUCCACUGUUGAGCCCUUGAACCGCCAGUGAGAGUUGGAGAAUACCUGGGAGGCCUUGGAAGAAUGCUACAUGACCUUCAGUAGAAUCGUCUUCUUGCCCCAGCUGUGGAUAGGGGAGUGGACCCAGCCAAUGUCUCUCCUACCUGCCAACUCUCUUCCCUGAACUAUUAUAUUUUCAGGCUCAAUUCCUUGACAAAUAAGCUGUGACAGUAACCUAGAACCUCUGUUUCUUCUUCUAUAGUCCCAGUUCCAUUCGCUGUCCCUAAUCUUUUACCUAACCCCCCAAUGCCUGCCUCCAGUUUGGAUCUCCUUGCCUUCUCACCCUUUAGAGGCUUGAUCUCCUUAGCAGAACUCCUGAACUCUACUCUUUGUUCAUGGACUAAUAUA